AGCCUGGCUGGUCUCACUAGAAACAAUUGCUUAACUGCCUCCAGCGUGCAAUGGUUCCUGGGCCAUUAGAACCUUAAGCAACAAAAUAACUUCUCUAUGGACAGGGAAACACUGUAAAUUCUGCAUCAGUGACUAAAAGGUAAUUUGAGCAUCACACUGGCAGGUUAUAUGAGAAUAACAAACAAGGACAAUCACUUACAUUUCUUGACGGAAAGUGGCAACAUGUACGGAGGUUUCAGUGUGUGUUUGUGAUAUGAAAAAUGUUUCCUCUACUGACUCUGCCAUCAAUAUCAUGGAUUUCAAUACUGAAUUACCCCACCUUGGCUUGGUGAUGAAUUCCGGCUCACCAGCAUCCAGUGCUCUGGCUCCUGUCAACAACAGUGGGGGUCCCACUACUCCUCGCAAGGGACCCCCCAAGUUCAAGCAAAGGGCAACCCGUCAGUUCAAGAGCAAGCCCCCUAAAAAAGGGGUGAAAGGGUUUGGAGAUGACAUCCCAGGGAUGGAAGGACUGGGAACUGAUAUCACUGUGAUCUGCCCUUGGGAGGCGUUCAGUCACUUGGAGCUCCACGAACUUGCUCAGUUUGGGAUCAUUUAACUUCUGCAGCCGCCUUACCCACCUCUAAAGUUUCAUUUGUUUAUCAUCAGACUUUCUCAUUAUCUUGUUAAAAAAAAAAACACAUAAUCUGGAAAUUUGUCAUUACUUUGAGUAGAAAUAAGAUUUUGGUCAUGUUUUUUAACCAACCUCAGACCUUUAAUGUGGUUCCCCAGCUAUUACUAUUAGUUAAACAGCAGCUGGAAGCCAUAGGAUAAAGGGGUGCUUAACUUUUAAGUUAACUUUUAGUAUGUUAUAGAAUAGGCAAUUCUCAGCUUCCAAUUGGUCUUCAUUUUUUAUUGUUUUUGAAUUAUUUGCCUUCCUUUUUCUAACCUUUUCCAGCUUUCAAGUGGGGGUCACUGACCCUGGCAGCGAAAAAAAUUAUUGCUCUUUUAUUUUUAUUGUUUUUUUUUUACUUUUUUAUUACUUAUCUUUCUAUUCAGCCCCUCCUCUAUUUAUAAUCCAGUUUCUCAUUCAAACCACCUGAUUGCUAGCUGAUUGCUAAAAUUCCAGACUGGAGAGCUACUGAACAAAUAGCUAAAUAAUUCAAAAACCACAAAUACUUAAAAGUGAAGAUGAAUUAGAUUCACUCCAAAUUGUCUCAGAAUAGCACUCUCUACAACAUACUAAAAGUUAAUGUAAAGAUUAAAAACCCACCCCUUUAAAGAUCACUAAUUAACGGGCACUUUCACUCCAAAUGAUUGGGCUAUUUGUUCAAGGCUGUUCAUAUUAAUGAAAAUAAAAGAAACCAAAGACCCUGAUCUUGAGAACCUACAAUUUCACUAAGGGAUAAGCUAACUGGGGAUUGUUAGAACCACCUACUGGAUGACUUAAUGGGAAUAAAUAUAUAAUAAGAGCUAUAGAGCUGACUGAGGGGAAAUGGGGUGUGAGUAUACAUUCACUUAUGUUAUGCUUUACAGCCAUUAAAAUGAGAACAAAUUGUGAUUAUAUCACCAUAUCAUGAUGCAAAGCCACUAAAAAUGGCUUCCUAAAUCAUACAUUAUCCAGUGAUGGUGGUUAUUGUUCAUUGGUUUUAAUUUUACACAAAAAUGUAAAGCACAGAGCACUCACUGUAGGUGUUUGUUUUUAGGAAUGAGUUUUAAAAAGUUUUGCUAUUGGCUUGAAUUUUUCUCUACCUGUUUUAUUGUGAUUAUUAAUGUCAUUCUGGUAAAUACCUGUGCAGUCAAAUCAGAGGCUUUUAAAGUAAACCUUUAAAAUAAGUGAAUGUAAAAUUGAUGAGAUUAUAAUUCUAAGCUUUUUCAUUUUACAUUGUAUAUAGAUAUAUUUAACACUCAAAAUAUUAAUGGAAAUAUGUAUUGUUAAUAUGAAUAAAUUUCAUUACAGCAGCGCCACCAGCUGGUCUGUUUCAGACUGUGAUCAAGUCAAGGAAUUUAUCAGAAGAGAGAAAUAGGGCUGUUGUGAUGUUUUCCUGUUUAGGAAAGAUGCAAGAAAAGUUAUCUGAGGUUUUCGAAACAGAGAAACAUCAGAACAGGCCUCUUUCUUUCUUCUGACAAGUUGCUCGACUAGAUCAAGGCUGGAAACUGACCAGCAGGUAGUGCUGGAGCUAAUGACAUGUAUUCAUAUUAACAGUACAUGUAUCCCUUAAUAUCCAUUAAUAUCUUGGAAUCUUUUUAAAAAAAAAAAGUAUAAUGAAUGUCAAAAAUGCUUAGAAUGGCACUCGCAUCAUCAGCUCAGGUUUAUUAAUCCUUUCAAAAAUAUAAAUGUUAAAAGGAACAAGCUGUUAUGCUGUUUGCGCACUAAUAUUUAUCUUUAACUUAUUGGCUUAUUUAAUCAUAAUUUAUUCAUCAUAACCCUUGCAUACACAGUUUAAUAAAAUACUUCUGAAAGUGAAAGCUGGAAGAAGGUUUUCAAAUCUGUCUGUCACUGGAGUUUAUUGUUUGUUCUACUGGGCAGAUCCCAUCAAAUGAUGAUGACAUUCAACAAUUUCAAACAUCUAAACUGACCUUUUAGACAGCCCAAAGAUAAUGCAUUGCAGUCCUUUUCUCCUAAAAGCAAGCACUGAAGCUACUCUAUAGGACUGGCCCAUUUUUCAGUUGAUUUUAACUUUGGUUCCCAUGUCAGCGCCUUGCCACUUUGUCCUCCAAAGCCUAAGGCAUCAAACAUGGGGUUUAUAGAGCAAGGACCCAGUCAAUACACUCAAUCGCUGUGGUAUUUGACCCAGUCUUAUAAGGAUAUUUAUAUUCUUUAUUAGCUUAUAACUAUAUUUAGCUUUUCUGUGCAUAUAUAGGGAUGCUUCAGUAAUAUGACUAAAUAGAUCAGUUUUUAUGUUAUGUCCCUGUUACCCCUUCUGUUUCUAACUGGGUUAAGAGUCUAAUAUGGGGGUUAUAUACUUUAACAUCUAUACCUCAAAUGGAAGCAUGACCAACUGACAGUGUAUGAUCAUUCUGAUGAGUGAUUAUACGUGAAUUGUGUAUGAAUUUUAUAGACGGGGGGUGUUUAUAGUGGAAAUGUAUAAAGGUUCCAUUAAUGAACUGGCUAAAGAAAUGUCACUGUGCUCAUUAACCUAUGUAAGCAAAUUAUUUGUAUGUGAAGGCAUGUUAUCUGUUAUCCGGAAACCUUGUGACCUUGGGUUUUAUGGAAAGGGGUUUUCAUGUCAUUUGGAACAACAACACUAAAAUGCUCAUUCUAAUUUGUGUUUGAUAAACAAAUUGAAAAAAACCUCUAAAAUUCAUGCACUGGUUUGGGAUCGUUCUGUUAAACACGUUUCCAGAUAACAGAUCCCAUGGCUUUACAUUACUCCAGUGAAGCAGGUACUAUGUGAUGCUUUACAUUCAAAAAGUGUUUCCAUUAGCAGUGUAUGUUGGGCUCACAGAAGUACCUGGAUAUGUAUUGUUUGUGCUUUAUGUUGUUUUGCUUUAUUUAGAAUUCAUUAAACUCUCUUUAAUUAAUAGGCAA